AUGGCGGUGGUGCAAGGAAUAGGUGCGGCGAUGGUGGUUGUUGGUGCGAAGAGAAUUGGCAAUGGCGGUGGUUGUUGGUUAGAUACCUUUAGGCUACGGCUUGGCUUUGACUAUACUUUUGCAGGGGUUAAUGAUAAGUUGUGGCUUUUUUGGAACUCUGACCUGGCUUUGACGUUUGAAUAUGAAUCUGAUAAAUCUGUAUCUGUUUCAUGUGGUCAUGCUACUAUUCCUUUUGCUUUCUGGCUUUCUUUUGUGUAUGCUAAAACUAGGGACCGCUUAAGGGUUCCUUUAUGGGCUGAGCUACUCUCGGUCUCAAAUAAGAUCCCUUCUGGCGUUCCUUGGUCUGUGGUAGGUGAUUUUAACUGCUUGCUAAAUGUGGACGAGAAAAAAGGGGGUCUUCCUUAUCCUCAUAGGAAGACUACUGAUAUUCGAGAGUGUGUCAGUACGCGUGAUCUGAUUGAAUCUUAUGCCUACGGCUCCCCAAACACUUCGUGGAAUGGGAGGCGUAAGGACGCUGCUAUUUGGAUGCGCUUGGACCGAUUUCUUUACACCUCGGAGUGGGAAUCGAUAUUCACGACAUCUAUUCAACAUUUGUCUAGGACCACGUCUGACCAUUGUCCGUUACUUGUUACUUCAGAAGAACUGGAGGACAAGGUACAUGCGCUUGAAGAGGUGUUGCAACAGAAUCCUAAUGACGAUAGGGCACUCAUUGACUAUAACGAAAGUGUGGUUCUUCUGCAGAGACAGGUUUCUAUCGAGGAAGAAUACUGGCAGCAAAAGGCUCACGUGGUGGCCGUCCAGGAGGGGGAUAGGAACUCCAAGUUCUUCCGCUCGAUGGUAAAAGAACGAAGGAGGAAACUCUAUAUUCAUAAGCCUGCAGGACCUGACGGGUUUUCUGGGGCAUUUUAUAAAUCUUGUUGGGGUAUUGUUAAGGGGGAUGUGGUUAAUAUGGUCAAGAGUUACUUCCUUGGUAGAAAGUUCACCAGGUCUAUUACUCACACCUCCAUUGUGAUUUUGCCCAAGAACGCCAACCCGGAGACAUUUGCUGAUUAUAGGCCCAUUAGCUUGUGCAACUUUAGCAGUAAAAUUGUCACUAAGUUAAUGGUGAUCAGAUUGGCUUCUGUUCUCCCUAGAUUGUUGUCCCCUUACCAAAGUGGUUUUGUCUCGGGGCGCUCAAUCACUGAUAAUAUUUUACUUGCCUCUGAGAUGUGCCAUGGUAUAAAGUUAGGUAAUCAGGAUGUAGUGCUGAAGCUAGACAUGACUAAGGCCUAUGACCGGGUUUCCUGGUUUUUCCUUGUUUCGGUAAUGCGUAGGAUGGGUUUUUCUGAGGUCUGGAUUGACUUGGUCUAUCGUGCAGUCUCAAAUGUGUGGUACUCUGUGAUUGUCAACGGGGUUAAAGAAGGUUUCUUCACCUCGUCCCGAGGGCUGAGGCAAGGGGACCCACUUUCCCCUAGACUUUUUAUCAUUGCUGCUGAGAUCCUUUCUAUGUACCUUGCUCGGGUCCAUUUGGACGAGGGUGUCCCUAGAUUCUCACAGCCUGCUUGUAACACCCUCAAUUUUCAUCAACUUUUAAAACCAAUUAAAGCGUAA